AUGCCCAAAGCAAAGAGAAGCAGCAAGAUCUGGAAACCACCCCCUGCUGGAGCAAUUAAGAUCAAUGCGGACGCAUCCCUUGCUAUUGAGGGCUGGGUGGGGAUGGGUGUGGUCGCAAGAGAUUGUGAGGGGAAGGUCCUUAUGGCAGCGACCAGAAGGGUCCGUGCUUGGUGGUCGCCAGAGAUAGCUGAAGCGAAGGCCGUGUGUAUGGCAGCCAGGCUUGCGGAAGCUUACGGAUUCAAUGAUAUUAUAGUGGAGACCGAUUGCCAGGGGCUUGUAAAUCGCCUUUCGAAAGCUGAUGUCUUUCUCUCUGAUUUGGAUAAUGUGUUAGAAGAUUUUCUUUCUUUAAGCCUUAGUUUUAAUUCAAUAGCUUGGAGUCAUGUUAGAAGAGAUGGCAAUUUUGUUGCUCAUCACUUAGCCAAGCUCUUGCCUAGCGGUGUAGAACAAGUAUGGGAGAAUCAUUGUCCUCCGGAGAUUUCACCUUAUGUACUCUCGGACAUUUUGUCCUUUAAUUGA